GAUCCAGCGGAAUCGCGAUGGCUGCUGGUGAGUGAUGGACAUCUCAACGGCGUGACGACGGGGAAGUCUGCUGGUUCGAGCAAAUGUUUAACGAAACGAGCUAGCCGUCGACGAAUUUGUUUCGCGCAGGAAGAAUGGCGGGAUUGGAGAGCUACGGGGACGUGUACAGGGGUCGGCCUGCCAGGUCGUGGGAGUCGGGGACGCAGAGGUACUACGGUCGAGAGGUUAUCCGUCCACUGGACAUACCCGUUAUCCAUCCUCUGGCGGAGGACAAUCCACCGGUCAUCGACGAUGACAUCGCUGUGAGCAAGUACGUCGGACUGGGCUGCGGCUUGGCGAGCCUGAUCACGGGAAAUCUGCUGAUCCACCCCUUUGUGGUGUUGCGGAGACAGUGCCAAGUCAAUCCGGGCGCGAUCAAGUAUCACCUGAUGCCCAUAACUCUAGUACCCGUGAUAAUACGUUUGCACCAGACCCAGGGUAUAAACACACUGUGGAAGGGGAUUGGCUCGGUUCUACUUGUAAGAGGCAUGACGUUGGCCGUCGAGGAUCUGAUCUCGAAGAUCACGCCGUGGCAAAAAAAGAUCACUUGUAAUAGCUCGAUGAAAGCGUUUGGCCAACACAUCCUCCUCAAGUGUAUCGCCAUAGGUAUAGUGACCCCCUUCUAUUCCGCGUCACUCGUGGAGACCGUUCAAUCCGAGAUUGCUUCUGAAUGUCCCGGUAUCUUGGACGUUUUUCGGGACGGUGCAAUUCGCCUGCUCGACAUAUGCAACAAGGGCAGACUCAUUCCGAUCUACGCUCUUGUACCACCCACUAUAGUUUAUGGAGUAUCGAAAUAUCUUUUCAGCCUCGUUGUGAAAGGGAUUACUAGUCGGAUUAUGCACGUCAGGCACAAACAUUCGCAGGAAGUAAGAGGCGCGUACAGUAAGGACUUGCUGUCCGAGAGCGUCAUCCAGGAUAUAGAGACGCAGUCGAUCCUUGUUUCGAUGUGUGCGGCCGACAUCGUGUUUUAUCCUCUUGAAACUGUUAUACAUCGGUUACACCUUCAAGGUACGCGCACCAUUAUCGACAACCUGGACACCGGAAGAAGCGUCACGCCGUUACUGACUGGAUAUAGCAGCGCGGCCGAUUGUUACCGCACAAUAAUCUCAACCGAAGGGCCGCUUGGCUUGUACAAAGGAUUCGGUGCCCUUAUCUUGCAAUUCGCGGUACAUUUCAUGGUGCUGCGCGCGACAAAGUGGAUCCUGACAGAACUGGGCACGAUGCUGAUGCCGAAACCUAAGCCGAUAAAACCGCAGAAAUCUCCGUGCUAUGACGAAAUAUAAAGGAGACCUGUAACAAAAAAUGUAAGAUAUACGGGAUUAUUUAUUUUUUUCCUUUAUUGUUGAUUUAUACAAGACGAAAGAUCGAAUUUGUAACGAAGAUAGUUUCCAAACACAUUCUUCGAUGAUUUUUAAUGAAUUAAGAUGUCGCAGAGAUCUUCGUGUUUUCCAUGCAGCUAAUGUUAUAAAAUUUUUUGCAUCUACGCGACUGUGAUGACGCAAAUUUUCUAUACUGUACGUUUUACAGCUAACGCGAAUUAAAACAGGAAAGGCAAUAGAGUUCUGCAUAAAAAUUCUUAGAACGUUUAAGUAUCAAAUUUAUAUGAAAUAUCGACAAUAUUUAUAGAUAGUCGUUCUUGUACGACAUCGUCAUUUUCAGUGAACACUUUCUACACCCGAUAAAGUGUAAUUAUGUGAUGUGAUUUAUGGGACUUUGUUAGAUUAUUAUGUCGACAUACAUGUUAUAGAUUGUUUACGAGGAAAAUAAAUCGAUGUAUACUAUA